GUCCGUCCGUCCAUCCCCAUGAGCCUCCCCGGCGGCAGCACCCGCUCCCUUCCCCGCCGCCCCGGUGGCACCGGGUCCGGCAUCGCUCCCGUGGGCAGCGCGGCCAGCAUCCACGGCGGGGCGGGGGGCUCGGGCAGCCGCGUCUCCCUCACCCGCUUGACCACCUCGGGGGGCGGCUUGGGGGGCGGCUUGGGGGGCGGCACGGCCUUUUGGGGUUCCGGCAUGGUGGGCAACGAGAAGGAGACGCUGCAGGACCUCAACGACCGCUUGGCCGCUUACCUGGAGCGGGUCCGGAGCCUGGAGCAGGAGAACCGGCGCCUGGAGGCCCAGGUCCGGGAGGCGGCGGCCAAGAAAGGUCCCAGCACCCAGGACUGGGGCCGCCACUGGGAGCUGGUGCGGGAGCUGCGGGACAAGAUCUUCGAGGCGACGGUGGAGAACGCCCGCAGGGUGCUGCAGAUCGACAACGCCCGGCUGGCGGCCGAUGACUUCAGGGUCAAGUACGAGGCGGAGCUGGCCAUCCGCCUCGCGGUGGAGAACGACAUCUCGGGGCUGCGCAAGGUCGUCGAUGACACCAACAUGGCGCGGCUGCAGCUGGAGGGGGAGAUCGAGGCCCUCCGGGAGCAGCUCGGCUUCGUGCAGAAGAACCACGAGGAGGAGGUGCGGAGUCUCCGGGCGCAGGUCUCCAGCUCGGGGGUGACGGUGGAGGUGGACGCGCCCGAGGCGCAGGACCUGGGGAAGGCGAUGGCGGAGAUCCGGGCGCAGUACGACGCCCUGGCCCGGAAAAACCUGGAAGAGCUGGAGAAGCACUGGGGGCAGCAGAUCACGGCGAGCACGGUGGAGCUGACGCAGAGCAGCCGGGACGUGGAGGCGGCUCGCAGCACCGCGCUGGAUCUGCGCCGGUCCCUCCAGACCCUGGAGAUCGACCUGGAGUCCCUCCGCAACCAGAAAGCCGGCCUGGAGGCCAACUUGGCCGAGGUGGAAACCCGCUACGGGGGGCAGCUGGAGCAAUUGCAGGGGCUGAUCCUGCGCACCCAGGAGGAACUGGGGGGGCUGCGGGAUGAACUGGGUCGUCAAGCCGGGGAGCAGCGGGCCCUGCGGCGGGUCACCGGUCAGCUGGAGAGCGAGAUCCAGACCUACCGACAGCUGCUGGAGGGGGGAGAGGAGUUCAGCCUGCAGGACGCCCUGGAGAAGCAGACGACCAGCCCCCCCCCGAGCAGCACCCCGAGGCUGGGGGGGGGCCCGGCGGGGGCCGAGGUGAUGGUGCGGACCCACUGAGCAAGAGGAGGGGGGCCCCCCCCCCUGCCCCCCC